AUGGCUGUCCCAGUCCAUCCGCCCCCGGCUCUGGUGCUGCCCCAUGUUCCGGACACGGGGCUCACGGGGCGCUGUGCCAUGAGCAACUGGGUGACGCUGAGCAACUCGUCCUUCAGCCACCAGCCCCGCUGCGCAGACACCCGCCUGGGCUCGCGCCGCUGCGCCUGUGACACCGGCUUCCAGCUGCGGGCCGGCGGCGUGUGCCAAGAUGUUGACGAGUGCCAGCUCUCCCAGGCCAGCUGGCAGACCCGCCUCUGCGCACACGACUGUGUGAACCUGCCCGGCUCCUACCGCUGUGUCUGCCCGCAGGGUUACCUGCGCCCUGCAGACCAGAACCUGUGCACCGAUGUAGACGAAUGCGCCGACAAUCAGCACAACUGUAGCCGUGGCGAGCUCUGUGUCAACGUCUUCGGAGGCUACCGGUGUGUGCGCCCCGAGUGCCCCAAGCCCAGGCUCAACACCAGCUACGUCAAGACCUCCGUCUAG